AUGGAAAAUAUUCCCUAUGCAUCAGCUGUUGGGAGUUUAAUAUAUGCUCAAGUUUGUACGCGUCCGGAUGUUACAUUCAUUGUUGGGAUGUUAGGCAGAUAUUUAAGCAACCCUGGUAUAGACCAUUGGAUAGUAGCCAAAAGGGCUACAAGAUAUCUUCAAAGAACAAAAGAUUACAUGCUUACUUAUAAGAGAUCAGAUCUUUUGGAGGUCAUAGGGUAUUCUGAUUCUGAUUUAGCUGGAUACCAAGAUAGUAGGAAAUCUACAUCAGGCUAUAUUUACCUAUUAGUUGGAGGAGCUAUAUCUUGGAAAAGUGUCAAACAGACACUUGUAGCUUCGUCCACUAUGGCAACAGAGUUUGUACAUGCUAUGAGGCAUCAAACCAUGGAAUAUGGUUGCAGAACUUUGUCAUAG